AUGGUCCUGCGCAACCUAGUAUUCAUGAUUCCAGUCCCACCAAGCCUUCUAAGAAUGAGAAACAUCGUGGUCGAAUCAGAACGAUCUUGUUUAAAUUGCGGAGAUGCUCAGUCAGACUCUAAAUCUAUUAUGGCUUCCCCAAAUAAGCUUGCCCAGUUUUUAUGCUUCAGAAGACGAAAGGGAUAUUGUCAUAACAAUGGCGAAGCAGAUUCUGACAGCGAUAUGCUGUGGGAGGAAUAUUCGGCAUUCAAAAUAUUUUCGAAGGCAGAGCUUGUUCGUGCAACGAAUAAUUUCUGCAAUGAUAAUAAGAUUGGAGUAGGCAGCACCGGUUCAGUGUAUCGCGGGGUGUUGGAUGAUGGGCAGCAAGUGGCCAUCAAGUGGAUAAAUGUAACCAGAGUAGGCUUUGAAGAAUCGAGCGACGAGAUCAAAACUCUCCGUCUCGUUAAGCAUAAGAAUCUGGUUCAGAUGUUGGGAUUCCAUGCAAGACGAAGUGAGCGCGCCCUCGUCUAUGAGUACAUGAACAAUAGCUCGCAGUACUACCACCUUCACACUACCAGAAGCUCAACAUUGAUGUCAUGGAAUGAACGGCUCAAGGUGGCACUAGAUGUCGCUAUGGCAAUCCAGUACUUGCAUGAAUAUGCCGGUCCUCGAAUUGUACACCGAGACCUGAAGUCAUCAAAUGCAUUGCCAAAUGAAAAGUGGACUGCUAAAGUUGCGGAUUUUGGACUGUCCAGACUUCUUCCAGAGGAUGAAGCAUGA